ACAGUUGUACAUAAAAUUCUAACGUUCCUGAUAUUUGACUGUUUCAAUAUUAUCGAAUUGUUAGCACAAUUUGUUUGACUUCCAGCGAUGAAAAAUCGUCACGGAGCUGCGCUGAUCCGUGCCCGUUUGAAAGCGAAAUGAGCGGAAAAGACGGUGCAAACUGUGAAUCUGCGGCGUAUCGUGUCUGAUAUGAAAGACAGCUUUCCUCUUUGGUUUGUCCCGAUGCAACGGUGAGCCGUCACGCCGCUUCGGUAGAAAGUGGUCAGCCAAUGAGCUGAGAACUGAUUCUUGUGCCGGCCAGUUCCCGAGAACUGUCGCGACGGCGGUGGCGAUGGUGGUGUACUCCUGGCGCGCAGUGUCGCGGUAACCGAUCAACCUGGUGGAUCGGUCAGUCGGUUGAUUGAUGAUACGUCGCUGUGGUCGCGGUGGAUUGCACGAAUCGAACGAGGAAAGACACGCGAAGGAAUUGGAACGCGCGACCGUCAGCUGGGGAACACCGAGACGCCGCGCGCGGUAUACGAUGAGGCUCCAGGAAGCGGCGCUGCUCUGCGCCGUCUUGACAGCCGUCGCAGUACAUUGUCAGAAGAAUAAGAAGGAUGAGGACAAGAAAGACGAGGAGUUCAGGUGUCCGGAGGGUCAAGGUAAUGGUAAUUUUGCCGACCCGGCAACUUGCAGGAGGUUUUAUCAGUGCGUCGAUGGAUAUCCCUACUUGAACCGAUGUCCAUCGGGCCUGCACUUCGAUGACAUUAGUAAGUUUUGUACCUUCAAAAACGAGGCACGAUGCGGACCCAUCGAGGCCACGCCAGCACCAAUCACUGAGCCACCGACGGAUUUGGCAGAGCGCUGUGACACGGCAGACUGUCUACUUCCGUACUGCUUCUGUUCCAGAGACGGCACGAUAAUUCCUGGUGGUCUUCACCCAGAGGAGACCCCGCAAAUGAUAAUAAUGACGUUCGAUGGUGCAAUAAAUCACAACAACUUCGAUCACUAUCAAAAGAUAUUCACCCAAGAUCGCUUGAAUCCCAACAACUGCCCAUUGAGGGGCACGUUCUUCAUCUCUCACGAAUAUUGCAACUACAAUAUGGUUCAGAGUCUAGCGCAUGACGGUCACGAGAUUGCGACUGAGACGAUCUCACUUCAAAAAGGCUUGGAGGAUAAAGGUUAUGAGGAAUGGGUCGGCGAGAUGAUCGGAAUGCGCGAGAUACUAAAGCAUUUCAGCAAUAUUUCGACCGGCGAAGUCGUCGGUAUGCGAGCGCCUUACUUGAAACCUGGUCGCAACACUCAGUAUAAGGUGCUCGAGGACUUUGGAUACAUAUACGACAGUAGCAUAGGAAUCUCGCCAUUGAAAGUACCGAUCUGGCCGUACACCCUCGACUAUAAAAUCCCGCACGAAUGUAAAGCGGGCACCUGUCCCACCAAAUCGUUCCAAGGCAUUUGGGAGUUACCCUUGAAUGCGCAUUAUGUGGAGAGUUAUGAAGGUGGACACUGUCCUUACUUAGAUCAAUGUGUUCUUCACAAUCACGAUCCCGAAGAGGUGUUUGACUGGUUACAGGAGGAUUUUAACAGAUAUUACGAACAAAAUAGAGCGCCAUACAUGAUGCCUUUCCAUACUAAUUGGUUUCAAAUCAAGGAAUUGGAACGCGGUCUAUCGAAAUUUCUCGAUUGGGUGGUAACGCUACCUGACGUUUACUUUGUAACCGCCACGCAGGCGUUAACAUGGAUGACCGAUCCGAAAUCGAUUAAAGCUCUGCAUAACUUCGAAGGAUGGUCAUGUAAGAAAAAAGAGAAUUUGCCCGGACCACCGUGUAACAAUCCACACAAAUGUGCUUUAGACUUCAAGCCUCCCGAAUCAAAUUUCACAACGACUAGGUAUAUGGAAACGUGUAGAGAGUGUCCAAACAAGUAUCCCUGGUUGGGAGACUCGAAGGGUACAGGGCUAUACAAUGAUAAUUACAAUCCUGAAAAGAAAUAGGAGUGUCACUUGAGUUAGAUUUAAAUUUAGUGCAAACGAUUCGCGUUUCGUUGUUAUCAAAGUAAAUGUUUUGUAUGUGUGUGCGAUAUAGACUUAUUAUCGAUUAUACACGUAUUAAGCAUCUUACUGUUUAAUAUUGGAGAAACUUCAUAAAAUUUUAAUUUGUAUUUCAAAUAUACAUACGAGAAUAUACAGUAUACGUAAAUUUAUAUUUCUAUCUUCGUAUACGACAUAUACACUGGAAUCUCGUAAUAGUGAACUUCGAAAUAGUAUGAAAAAUCCCUUCUGCGAUAUGAAUAGCAUGAGUGGGGAAUAGUAGUAGCCACUAAAAUUUUUAAUUUUAUUGUUUUGGAGUGAAGUAGGGACAAUCUUGUUAUAACGUUCAGACCUCCGAACUGCACGCUAUUACGAGGUUUUAGUGUACUUACUCGACAAAGUUCGCAUCUAUUGAUGUUAAGUGUGUACUGCUCAAUCUGAAAGAGAAAAUAAAAUGUUUCGCGGUGCUACAUAAAAUCUAAAAAAAAAUCUGUCUUUUAUUUA